AUGAACCGCAUCUUCGGAACGGGAAAGCCAAAAGCACCACCACCAAAUCUAAAUGACUGCGUGCAAAACCUUGACUCCCGAGGCGACUCGAUCGACAAGAAGAUCGCCAAGCUCGAUGCCGAACUUGUCAAGUACAAGAAUCAGAUGAAAACGAUGCGAAAAGGCCCUGGCAAAAAUGCUGUCAAGCAAAAGGCCAUGCGAGUUUUGAAGCAGAGAAAGAUGUACGAAAAUCAACGAGAGCAGAUUUCAAAUCAGUCUUUCAACAUGGACCAGGCUAACUUUACGAUUCAAACGCUCAAGGACACGCAAGAUACUGUAACUGCCAUGAAAGCAGGCGCCAAAGCGAUGAAAAAGGAGUACAAAAAGAUCAACAUCGACAAAAUCGAGGACCUCCAGGAUGAACUGGAGGACAUGAUGCUCGAUGCAAAUGAGAUCCAAGAAGUGAUGAGCAGAAGCUACGGCAUUGGAGACGACAUUGACGAAGCCGACCUUGAGGCCGAGCUUGAUGCUCUUGGAGACGACUUUCUCGCCGAUGAUGGGCUUCUGGAUGAUAUUGCUACACCGAAUGCACCGAGCACCGAGCCCGGUCUCCCAGAAGCAUCAGGAGAAGUGGACGAAUUCGGACUCCCAAAAAUCCCCGAAGCCGCCAAAUAA